AUGGGAUGGGAUGGCGGCGCAGGGGACCACGGGCGGCUGUUGAAGCAGCAUUCGUCACCUCAUCCGUCUUUCGCGGCGUCUCCAAGUGGCCCCUGUUCGGCCGGGGCCUCCCAGGCCAACCACGACUUGGGCGAAUCUAAGACUGGCCUCAUCCCUGCAUGUCUCGAGACGCACGACUUGUCAAGGGCCGUCGAUGUUUCAUCCGUUGUCAUGUCCAAGUCUACAGCCAAUCAAAUACGAAUACAACCUCCACGCCGCGCCGUUUCAAAGUUCCCGAUUGGGUCGUCACUUUUUCUGCUCGACGAUAUCCUCGUCGAUGGCUUCGCCCAUGGCCCACGCUGCACGCACCACGCCUUCUCUGCCUUGGUGGGGGCAGCAGUUGAACCCCCUUUCAGCCGCGCGAAAAAAAAAUCAGCCCUUCGCCUCCAUCAUCGGCCUUGUCAAUGUAUACCACCCAUGGACCAUGGCAUAAUUAUUGCUAUCUAUUAA